AUGAAAUGUGAUAAUGCUAUUGGAAUUGAAGCUCGAAAUGCAUCCAUAGAGAUCACAUACGUUGACAAUGUGCUAUGCUAUCUCAAGGAUAUUUGCAUGAAAGUGAUGGAAAAAAUAGACAAAGUAGUGUUUGAAUCGAAUGUUGACAUCACGUUCAGGGAAAGGUUCAAACAAUUUGUUAUGUGCGAAUGA